AUGAAGCUCGAUCUCAGUCGGGUUUGGACUUCGUACCGAGUCACCGCCUCCGACCUCCCGGCCCAAAAUUAUGCAACUUACUCCCGACUGCUAGCUAGGCUCAAGGCUCAAAGCAAUUCGGAAUCAAUUAGUCGUUUCUCAAGAUUUGACAGAAGAAGGAUAGAUAUACUCUCCGAUGUCAGGCAUACUUAUGGUCAAUUUAAGCGAUGGGAAGCCAGCGCUCACAUUUUAGGAUGUGACUGGAGACACGCACUAAAUAACGAAGCCCCCUUCCUUCUCGACAUAGUGGUCAAAACCACUCCGUUCCUCGAAUCCUUAUUAUCGCCUCCAAUUCCAUUCUGUCUCUGCUCUCGCCACACAUGUUCUGGAUGUUAUACUUCACGAUCCAGUGGCGCUUGUCAUUCAGAAAGCGAGUUGCAUUCCAUUGCCACAAGAAAUUUUCCUACUGGUAGUUCGGGUCUAUCUUUCCUCAUUGACGCUUAA